GGCCUGGCCACUGCCUAGAAUGUUUUUGUUCAUCUGCUCAUGUGUCCACGGUACUUCUGGGUCCUCGGUGGGGAUGUCUGCUCGACACGUCUCUUGCCCGUCUCUCGUAUGCCCACUCACCACGCGCAUUGCGCCUCGCAUAGGCCAUACGCUCCCAGUGCGGCACUCGGACGAAGGAGACACCGUAUCUUCACCGACAGUAUCUUCGCCCAUGGUAUUCUUACUGUCACACGACCGAGUUGCAUUCCUAGCACCAGUUGACGCUCAGCCGGGGCAAGAUUAGGUGCGACAAUUCGGGUAUGCAUGGGUGGACCCGGGUGCGCGCUAGCGGAACCGGCGGCAAGAGCUGGAAGAGUGCCUUGCGCGGCAUUUUACCGAUGAGGGCUGGUCCAGCUAGCCUUCCUUAGCCCCAGAGCAGGAUCAUCCUGCGUCUCACAAACGUGCGCCGCAUUUGGUCGAACAUCUGUGCAACGGCGCUGCAGCGAUCAUUUCGAGCACCAUCUUUGGGCCGUCCCGGGCCGGAAACGACGAGCAGGAAGACGUAUUCGCCGACGAUAAAUUCCGAUUCCAUCUAAGUAUUAAUUGGAUUUCUUAUGCUCUGCCGACAUUCUAGCCGUUGUUCGUUGCCUGCGAGUUGCUAUAGGACAUCAGUUCGUCCUUGGUCGGGGAUGAUACUUUCAAUCUCGAU